AUGAAUGAUCAAUAUCUAAAACAUUCGGAAUUAUCUGAUUUAGAUCAUGAUUUGUCAUAUACUAAUAUGGCAAUCUCUAAAAAUGAUGAACUUUUGAUUGAUAACUAUGCUAAAGAACAGUAUAUGCCUUUGGAACCUCAUUUUAAGAGUCAGGAUAUUUCCAAGUAUUAUGAAAGAAGAUCUUAUAGUGAACAAUUUCAUAUGCAUCAUUCAGAUACUAAUAUAAAUCGACACUAUUAUACUGAUGCUGAAGUAGUUUCUCAGUCCCAGUAUAAAGUACGAUCUAAUCAAUCAUCUUCAAAUAUACAUACGUUAAACUCGAAAACUGAUACUGAUUUUGAUCGUGCACAAUCCUUUACACCAUCUUUAAAAUACUAUCCGAAUUCUCUUUCUUUAUAUUUUCAGAAGAGUUUUUCUCCUGAACAAUCUUUUGAAUAUGCUGAUCAUGUGUCUUUAUAUCAUGAUUUUAAUCAGAUUUCUGAGAAAGGUGCUGGAAAUACAGAGGUUUGUUUAGAGACUUGUUCAAACAAGAAUACGAAUAUUUCUGAAGAGAAAAUAUCUGAUGAUAAGGUUAUUAAGCGUCCUGAGAACAAUACAUAUUUACUGCAACCUCAUCAGCCGAAAUCAUCUAUAGUUAUGAAGAAUGUAGAAAAUAAGGAUUCUUUUCGAAAUCAAGCUUUCAAAAGUGAUUCUUGGAGAGAAAAUAUACGUGGAGUAUAUUAUAAUAUAUAUCCUGGCCAAAGACUUGAGAAUGUAUCUACCAAUAACAGGAUGUGGUCAUUAUAUAAUGCUUUAACGCCUACAAAUGAAUUAUCUGGUAGCGAUAGACCAAAGCAUUCUAGUUCUAAUGUUUCUUCUAUUACAACAAAAACAUCAAACUCUUACCCUGCAGUUUAUCCGGCUUUACUUUCGUGUGUUGCAGAGGCGUUUAGACAACGAGUUAUAUUGGGUGAUAAAUUAAAAGAUGGUUUGACAUAUAAAGAUGCUUUUACAGGAAGUGAAGCUGUAGAUGUUAUUUCUAAAAUUAUUAGGACCAUGGAUCGCAAUUUAGCUUUACUUUUGGGAAGAUCAUUGGAUGCUCAAAAAUUUAUUCAUGAUGUAACUUAUGAUCAUCGUCUUCGUGAUUCUCCGAAUGAAGUAUAUCAGUUUAGAGAAUGCUUGUCUUCUCUUUCUAAUACAGAUAUCAAUGCUCAAUUGAAGGCAGAUAAAAAUGAUUUAAAUAAGUCUUUAACUUCUAAGGUUUUAUCUCAGGGUGAUCUUGGUGCUUCUUAUGAUAAUCAUCUAUUAAAUACUCAUUCAGCACUAUCAUGUAUUGAUUUUACUGUUUCAAAAAAUUGUCGAAAAACAUUUCAAAAUGAUGUUGAUGAUCUUCCUAAUGGUGUUUUUACAUUGCUUACUGAAUGUUAUUCUCCAACUUGUGUGAGAGAUCAGUUAUGUUAUUCUAUAUCAUGUCCUUGGCGUUUCGAACAACAAGCACGAUUAAAUAUGAAACCUCAUUCAGCUUUGAAAAGGGCUGAAUCUCGUUAUAGUUUGAGUGGAUUAGAUGAUACUGAAAAGGAACAGAAAUUAUGGAUACAAAGCGUACCAAGAGAGAUUGCUGAUAGUCUUAAUGAACGAGAAAAAAAGAGACAAGAAAUAAUAUGUGAGGUCAUUUAUACUGAAAGAGAUUUUGUAAAAGAUCUCGAGUAUCUUAGAGAUUUUUGGAUAAAACCUUUACGAUGUGGAAAUUUAAUACCUGAAUAUCGUAAAGAAAAAUUUAUUUUGGCUGUUUUUUCUAAUAUUUUGGAUAUUCAUGCUGUUAACUCUCGGUUGGCUGAGGCGUUAACUAAGAGACAGCAACAACAUAAUGUUAUUUAUCGUAUUGGUGAUAUAUUUCUUGAAUUUGUGCCUCGUUUUGAUCCAUUUAUUCGAUAUGGUGCAAACCAGCUUCAUGGAAAAUAUGAGUUUGAAAAAGAAAAAAGAGAAAAUCCUGUUUUUUCAAAAUUUGUUGAAGAAACUGAAAGACUAAGAGAGUCACGGAAACUUGAAUUAAAUGGUUAUUUAACAAAACCUACUACACGUCUUGCACGGUAUCCUUUGCUUUUGGAAGCAGUAGCUAAAAGCACUCCAGAUGAUAAUUCAGAUAAGGCCGAUCUUAUGAAAGCUGUUAAACUUGUUAAAGAUUUUCUUACUAAAGUAAAUAUUGAGUCUGGAAGGGCUGAAAAUCGGUUUAAUUUAAUGCAAUUAAGUAAACAAUUGAUAUUUAAGCCUGGUGAAGGUCUUGAUUUGAAACUUUCGGAUGAAAAUCGUCGCCUUAUUUUUAAAGGGAUAUUAAAAAAAAGGAGUGUUUCUAGUGCAAGUAUGGAUUCUGGUAGUGAUAUUCAAGUUUUUUUAUUUGACCAUGUUCUUUUAAUGGUUAAAAUGACAAAGCGUGAGCAAUAUAAGGUUCAUCGUAAGCCUAUACCUCUUGAACUCUUAAUUAUAUCGCAGUCUGAAGAGCCUUCUGAGAGAUCAUUUGUUGCAAAAAGAACUCCUUUACUGCUUAAUACAACAUUAAAAUCUACUCCUCAUAAAAACGAUAAUUCUAAAGGAUAUGCAAUUACGUUUAUUCAUUUAGGUCGUAGAGGUUAUAUGAUUACUUUAUAUGCAACUACAUCUAUAAGUCGCAAAAAAUGGGCUGAACAUAUUGAAUCUCAACAAAGAAGUCUUAAAGAAAGAAGUUGUAUUUUUAAACGGCAAAUUAUUUGUGAGAAAUAUUUUUUAAGAGGGAAUAAAGUAACAUGUGUUGCUCCUUUUGAUGGUGGCCGGAAAUUAAUAUAUGGCACUGAAAAUGGUGUCUAUGUAUCAGAUCGUAAACCACAUUCUUCUGUAAAAGCUACACCAGUUCGGGUUCUUGCUAUAAAUGGUGUUACUCAAGUUGAUGUUCUUGAAGAAUAUUCGAUUUUACUAGUUCUUGCAGAUAAAACCCUUUAUUCAUAUCCUUUAGAGUCAUUAGAUUUGAAUGAUACAACUUUAGCAAAUAAACGUCCCAGAAAAAUAGUUGGGCAUGCAAAUUUUUUUAGAUCUGGGCUUUGUCUUGGUAAGUUAUUGGUUUGUGUGGUUAAAAGUUCUGUUUUGAGUUCAACUAUAAAAAUACUGGAGCCUAUUGAUAAUGUUUGUCGAGGUAAAAAGCAAGCUCCAUUCAGAUUUUUACUUCAAGGAGGACAGGAUGUUCUCAGAGUUUUUAAGGAAUUUUAUAUUCCUACUGAAUCUACAUCUGUACAUUUUUUAAAACAUAAACUCUGUGUUGGAUCUCCAAAAGGAUUUGAAGUUGUCAAUUUAGAGAAUCUUGAAACUCAAUCUUUGCUUGAUCCUGCCGAUACUUCUUUAGAUUUCGUUACUCGGAAAGAAAAUAUAAAACCUAUCGCUAUAUAUAGGCUAAAUUUAAAAUUCUUACUUUGCUAUGAUGAAAUGGCGUUCUUCGUGGAUAAAAAUGGAUGGGCUACUAAGCAUGAUUGGAUGAUUAUUUGGGAAGGAUUACCUACAUCAUUCGCUCUUUUUUAUCCAUAUCUACUUGCUUUUGAAGAUUCAUUUAUUGAAAUUCGUCAUGUAGAAACAACUGCACUAGUACAAGUGAUUCUUGGUCAUAAUAUACGAAAAUUACAUGAUAAUUAUCGGGAAUGCUUGUAUGCAUAUACGGAUGAUGAUGGCGUUGAUAAAAUUGCUAGUUUGGAUUGUUGGGAAAGUUUAAAAAUACAAAGUAGAAUAUCUUCUCUUUCUUAG